CCAGAAAAAAUCUCAACGACUCAAAAACCUUAGAAGUUAGCAAGCAACGAAUCAACGCCACUACCCCAAAAAAAAUUCCAAACAAACGACAAUCCGUUUCCCCGACCCGGUUUGAAUCUAAGCUCCGUGUCACAUGAGUAGUUGGGUAUAAUGACCCGUGCCGGUAUCUACCGGAGCAGGAGGAGCGGUACACCUGAUUCAGAGACAUCUUCCGGAGGAGGAGGAACAGCCGUGAUGAGAGUGAUCGUGCCACUACAAGGAGUGGUUCAAGGGCAUGGUGGUUUAGUCUUGGGCUCUGUAAUUCCUUGUGCUUUCUUCUACUUUCUCCAGUUUUACCUCAAACGAAACCGUAGAGACGAACCAGAACCCGAACCCGACCCGGUUAUUCAGAACUCAGCCUCCUCUACCAACAACAACUCGGGUUCCUCGAGUCCGACUCAGUCCGAGCUUAAUGGCUUGUCUAGGUCUCUCUCUCGGGUCAUUAUCUCGCCGAGAAGUUCCGGGGCUCACGUUUCCGUUUCGGGUCGGGCUAAUUGUAUCCUCAAAGGUGGGGAUUCACAGGGACUGAGACGGGUCGAGGAGGAUUCGUAUGAUGAGUCGGGUAACCCGGAUGGCAUCAUCGAGCUUGGUUUAGCUCAGAACAAGUUGAGAUUGGAUGUUAUCAAUGAUUGGGUUUCUCAAACUUCGAUUGGAUUGAGUUUAAGUGGGAUUGCUUCUUAUGAGCCUCCUGAUGGACUUAUGGAGCUCAAAAUGGGUGUGACAAGGCUCAUGUCUGAAGCAACCAAGAAUGUUGUUUCUUUUGAUCCAUCACAGUUAGUAUUAACUUCCGGUGCAGCUUCAGCUAUCGAGAUACUUUCCUUCUGCUUAGCUGAUUCUGGAAACGCUUUCCUUGUUCCAACUCCAUGUUCUCCCGGAUUCGAUGUAGAUGUUAAAUGGCGAAACGGACUUGAAAUCAUACACGUUCCUUGUAGAAGUUCUGACAAUUUCAAUAUAUCAGUGACUGCACUUGAUAGGAGUUUCUCUCAAGCCAAGAAACGUGGUGUGAGAAUCCGCGGAGUCAUAAUCUCAAACCCUUCCAAUCCCAUGGGAAGUCUCUUGACCAGAGAAAAUCUCUACGCUCUUCUAGACUUCACCCGAGAGAAAAACAUUCACAUAAUCUCCAACGAGAUCUUUGCUAGUUCGGUCCAUGGAGAUGAAGAAGAAGCAGAGUUUGUCAGCAUAGCUGAAAUAGCUGACACAGAAGAGCAUCUUGACAAGGAAAGAGUUCACAUAGUGUACGAUCUUUCAAAAGACUUGUCUUUUCCAGGACUCAGAGCUGGCGCCAUUUACUCCUUCAAUGAGAACGUUCUAGCAGCUUCGAGAAAGCUCACAGCGCUCUCACCCGUGUCAUCACCAUCCCAGCAUUUGCUCAUUUCCGCAAUCUCCAAACCGGAGUUCAUUCAAACAUAUGUUAAAACCAAUAGGCAGAGACUACAGAGAAUCUACUCAGAGUUUGUCAAAGGAUUGAAAGGUUUAGGAAUCGAGUGCACGAGAAGCUAUGGAGGGUUGUUUUGUUGGGCAGAUAUGAGAGGAUUGAUCUCUUCUUACAGCGAGAAAGGCGAGAUUGAGCUAUGGAACAAGUUCUUGAACAUUGGUAAGAUCAAUGUAACACCAGGGUCUUGUUGUCAUUGUAUUGAACCAGGAUGGUUUAGAUUCUGUAUCAGUAAUUUGUCUGAGAAAGAUGUGCCUGUAGUUAUGAACCGUAUCAGAAAAGUUUGUAAAUCUCAAGAUUGAAAAUGCUUAUCUACAUUCCUCAAAA